CCCCUCGACCGCAACAAGACAAAUACAAACUAAGUUGACGUGUCAGUACAAGUCUAAGAACUGCAGCGUAAAAAUGAAUCUAGAUGGCAUUAUGGUUUAUACGAUCUAAAGUCGUCAGCUUCAGACCGAACAAUGAGCGACUUGGUGGACGAACAGGACCUGCAACGCAUCGAAGAACUUCUCAAAAGAAAAGCUGAGCUUGAAGAACAGAACAGUAACCUUUCUUCAAGGUUACAAGAUGGCGAAAAGAUUAAGAACGAACUGAAAGAAGCAAGGAGAGACAGUCAAAAACUGCUUCAUCAUCGUGAAAAACUGAAAAACCAGGCAAGCAAGCAUCUUAAAGGACUAAAUGGUGCUGAAUUAGUGAACCCCAGCGAACCUAAAAGAGUUAUCAACAACGAAGAUCGCGACAAAGAAGAAAAGUUGCCAAAUCCACAGAACAGAAAAGAAGAGAUUAUGGAAAAUGAUCCAGUGCAACUGCGAAGACAACUGAAUGCAUUACGAUUAGAAAAUGCUUCACUCAUCAAAGAAAAAAGAAAGACGGAAGAACAUAAUUCAAGCCUUGUACAAGAACUUGCUGAUUUGGGCUUAAAACACGAGACCCUUCAAGAAAUUUGCGAUAGACUUAAAAAGGAAAUUGCACGUCUAAGCGCAUGUGUUGCCGCCGGAAAGUCAUCCUCAGCGGGGAAUCAUUCAACUGGAAAGGAAGACAACAUUGAAAUAAUGAAAGAUCAGCUUCGUAUUUAUCAAGAAGACAUCAAUGGAAUGCAAGCACAAAUUGAAAUCUCUCAACAGUCCAACGAACGACUUCGYGCUGAGCUGAACGAAGCGCGCGCCGUCAUCCGGGACCUGAGACAACUACCAGCCUUUGAGGUUUAUGCAGCACCAGUAUAUCAGCUUGGACGAUACAAGACAUUUGAUGACAGAUAUGGAUAUGAUCCUCGUGAAUACCGCCACACGGUCAGACCUGCCUCAGGAGGCUAUGAUCGAAAUCGUGAGCGAGACUAUCGCCGUGUUCGUUCUGCAGACAAGAAGGUCUUCAUGCCAGACUUAACAGCCGUGAUUGAUAAAGAAGUCAAAGACGGCUCGCUGAUGUCWUCUAAAAGCUUCUAGUUUAUACACCAAGYGAGCUCCCACAACUCUCUCGWUCACUCAGAAAGUUGGCUUUUUAAAGCUAAAGGAUUCGAACCACUGGUACAAAUUCCACUUUAAGUUCACGUGUGAGUGCAAAGUUGUUACCACACCUUGUAUUUUCCUAUAUUCAUGGUGCAUAUUAGUGUAAUCAUUGUUUUCCAAAUACUGAAGUCGAGCCUAGAGGCUAGUAUUCUUUCGCAGUUUAUACUUUUGUAAGGCUUCCUGUCCCUCCCAAAAGAAUAGGCUGCUUACUCGAGCAUAGACUAGGCAAUGUGCAGCGACGCCAUUUUGUGCAGCAAAGCAUGAUGGGAUUUGUGAGUCGACGUACUCCUUCUUUUGAAAUGCUUUUGCUUUAAAAGCGUAAAAAAGGCUUUUAAGGAGAUAUUUUYGAGGACUACAACUACCAUCAUGCUUUGCUGCACAAACUGGAGUUGCGCUGCACAUGACCAUUCCAUAGUCUCCUUCGCAGCCUACCCUUGUCGGGCUUCCUGUUCCGAUAGGAAGAUUGACAUUGACAAAGAAAUUUUAUUCGAAAGGAGACUACUUAGAGGCUGGCUACUUUUGAGUUUACAACCUUUUUGUGAGUUGUUUUGCGCAUGUGUGCUUUACAUUUGCAGUCUUAACUGUUAACGGAAUAGCAUAGCAUUUAUAGUUUACAAUAAUGUUUAAACGAAGUCUGACGACAAUACUCGUUGUAAAACAAGAAAUUAAUCAACAAGGUAUUAAACCAAAGUCUUAUGUAACUGGGCGUUAGGGCAUAGGUUUUACUUAUGAAGCUAUCAACUAAACACGUUUGAAAGCGAUSAACUUUGUAACUUUUGAGUCAAUCAAGCGCUCAGUGGUGUCUUUCACUGCCGUUGAUAGGCGGUAAUCAUCUUAGAAGARACCAGCUAAAACUUUUGAUCAAGGCCCUAUGAACUAUAAGAUACUUGGUAAUUAUAGUCCCUAAAAAGGCCUUACUACUAAUUAUAUGAAAAAAAAAUAUUUGUAAAAAAUAGCUAUAGUGUAUAAGUUAAUUUAUCUAUCAAUUAAUCGCACUCGCAAAUAUAAAUAAAAAGCACAUGACAUUUUAUA